CGUUUGGCUCCAGGGUUUCAAGACUUCGUCCCCAAGCGUUUCUUACCUCCAUUUCUCCAUAGCCGCCACAGCACUACUUGCAAAAAGCGAAGCGAAUAAUUAAAUAAGGGAUGAUACCCUCCUGCUUAAACCUACAGCUAACUCCACUCUUUCCCUCCCCAUUUCUCUCCGUCAAUCGACUCUCUCUGCUACCCUCUUCUACUUUCCCUGCCUUUGCUGCGAAAUCUAGAAGACUUGCUUUUGCAGCAACAAAGGCGCCAUCAAUUUCAACCAUGGCAGCUGAACAAGGGAAUGCUGGAAAUUUAAAGCAGAAAUUAGCAAAAUUAUUUCAGUUAUCACUUGAAGCAACAGUUCCAGGUGAGCCUGAUAUCGAACCGCUGGUUGCUGCUUGCACUGCCAAAUUUGGGGACUACCAAUGUAAUAAUGCGAUGGGCCUCUGGUCGAAAAUCAAAGGCCGCCCAGGAAUUGAAUUCAGGGGACCCCCAGCAGUUGGACAGGCUAUCAUGAAAAAUCUUCCUCAGUCUGAAAUGAUAGAAUCAUGCUCCGUGGCUGGUCCUGGAUUUGUGAAUGUUGUGUUGUCUAAAAAUUGGAUGGCUAAGAACAUUCAAAAGAUGCUAGUUGACGGUAUUGAGACUUGGGCACCAAAACUUUCCAUUAAGAGAGCCGUGGUUGACUUUUCCUCACCCAAUAUUGCUAAAGAAAUGCAUGUUGGCCAUCUGAGGUCGACUAUUAUUGGUGACACUCUAGCAAGCAUGCUUGAAUUUUCAAACGUUGAAGUUCUUCGGCGAAACCAUGUUGGUGAUUGGGGGACACAGUUUGGUAUGUUGAUUGAAUUCCUCUUUGAAAAAUUUCCAAACUUUGAAGAUGUUAAUGAAACAGCCAUUGGUGAUUUACAGGCAUUCUAUAAGGAAUCAAAACAGAGGUUCGAUGUUGAUGCAGAAUUUAAGGAUAGGGCACAAAAGGCAGUGGUUCGCCUUCAGAGUGGAGAACAAAUGUACCGAAAAGCAUGGGCACAGAUCUGUGAAAUUAGCAGGAGGGAGUUUGAUCAGGUCUAUCAACGACUUGGAGUUCACCUAGAGGAAAAGGGAGAAAGCUUUUACAAUCCAUAUAUUCCUGGAGUUAUUGAAGCACUAACCAAUCAAGGAUUAGUUGAAGAAAGCAAAGGUGCUCGUGUGAUAUUUAUUGAAGGGAUUAACAUACCCCUUAUUGUGGUGAAGAGUGAUGGUGGUUACAAUUAUGCUUCUACUGAUAUGACUGCUCUAUGGUAUCGCCUUACUGAAGAGAAAGCUGAGUGGAUUAUUUAUGUUACUGAUGUUGGCCAACAGCAACACUUUGAUAUGUUUUUCAAAGCUGCCAAACGUGCAGGUUGGCUCCCAGCUGAUGAUAGGCAGUACCCUAAAGCUAGCCAUGUUGGUUUUGGUCUUGUUCUUGGAGAAGAUGGGAAACGAUUUAGAACUCGCUCUACUGAAGUGGUUCGGUUAGCUGAUUUACUUGAUGAAGCCAAGACUCGCAGCAAAGCAGCACUUAUCGAGCGUGGUAAGGCUGCAGAAUGGACUGAAGAGGAGCUUGAGCAAACUGCCGAAGCAGUUGGUUAUGGUGCUGUGAAGUAUGCUGACCUGAAGAACAACAGAUUGACCAAUUACACAUUUGAUUUUGAUCAAAUGCUCAACGAUAAGGGCAAUACUGCUGUUUAUUUGUUGUAUGCACAUGCUCGGAUCUGUUCAAUUAUCAGGAAAUCUGGUAAAGACACGGGGGAGCUGAAGAAGACUGGGAAGAUAGUGUUGGAUCAUGCUGAUGAACGUGCGCUGGGGCUUCAUUUGCUACAAUUUGCUGAGGUUGUUGAGGAGGCCUGUACUAACCUACUGCCAAAUGUGCUGUGUGAAUACCUCUAUAAUUUAUCUGAAAACUACACAAGAUUUUAUUCCAAUUGCCAGGUUGUUGGUUCAGCAGAAGAAACUAGUAGACUCUUGUUAUGUGAAGCAACGGCUGUGGUGAUGAGGAAAUGUUUUUUCCUUCUUGGUAUUAAACCUGUUUACAAGAUAUAACAUCACAUGCCCAUGAUGAAGAGCUCUAAUACUUAUAGCACGUUCAUAAUUGUAUUAGACCCUAUUGGCAGAUUUUGUUGGACGAAUUCAAUGUGCAAUUGAUGAAGCAUUAGGUUUUCGAUUUA